AUGGAGAAGAAGCAAGCUGUUGUUGAAUUGAGGUUAUGUGUGGGAAUUGCUCCAAAUCCGUGCCCCAACCCUCCUCCUACUCCAUCCCCGGGCAUAGUAAUCGACGCGGAGCCUCUCCGGUGGGCCUAUCCCGCCGCGGAGCAGCCAAGAAACAAAAGGAGGCAGGGCGCGGAGGCGGAUGAUCAAAGGGGCAAGCGGCGUAAGAUUAUAAAAAAUAAAGAAGGCGAAAAGGAAGAGGAAGGUGAGAGUGCGUUGGUUCCCACGGUGGGGCUGCUGCGGGGGAUUGAGUCGAGGGGAGGGAUUGGUAAGCCUGUGUUGUUGUUCAAGAAGAAACUGGAGAAGUCUGACGUCGGGGCGCACCACAACAGGCUGAUGGUGACGAGGAGGGAGAGAGUGAUGGAGUUCUUGACGGAGGAGGAGGCAGCGGCGGUGGAGAGCGGAGGAGGGCUGGGGUUUGUGGGAGUUGACGAUAUUGGCAAUGUGUAUCAUGAGUUGGUGUUGAAGAAGUGGGCGAGCAUGGACAUGGUGGUCGUCAAUUCUGUGGGGUGGAAGAAAGUGGUUUCGAAUAAUAAGGGGAUCAAAGGGGAUGUUUUGGAGAUUUGGGGUUUCAGAGAUCGGAAUCACAGGCCUUGUUUCGCCUUCUAUUUUAGAGUCCGUUUGGAAUUGACAUUGUAG